CUAGUUCUUUCACUUCUCUUAUACUAAUUUUUUGUUUUUCUGUGAUUAUUUUUGUAGCUCUGAACUCAGAUUGAAAUCCAAUCAAAACCCAAGAUUUUUUUCUCCAAGUCUGAAUUUCUGUUGUUAAAAAAAAUGAAAUCAGAUAAAUAAAAAAAAAUAAAGUGUCAGAGGGGUGUCAGAUUUCUUGUGACAGCUCUGUUUUUCUUGUUACAAUCAUUCAAUUAAGAGGAGAGUUGUGGUUCAUCAUUCAUUAAACUCAAACAAAUCUCUUUUCUACUUUCAUUUUUUGGUUCUGUUCAGUUCCAUCUCUUUCUCCAGGUUCUCUCAUCUCCUCCUUGUACCCCUUCCCAUAACUUAUUAAAGAGAUUGCUUUUUUCUUACUUCUUGGAGUGGUGGUGGUUGCUUGAGCUGUAAUGCAUCAAACCCUAAUCUCAUAUUCUGGGUUGGUGUUAAAAUCAAUAAAGUUUGAAGCAUUUUUCCAUUGCUGAAUGGAGUUGCAUUUGAGAGCAGCAAUAAAUUCCCUUUGAAAUUCAAAAGUUUACACAGUUAUCAGAUCUGAGGGUGCUGAGGAGGUUGUUGAAUUACAUAAUUUGUGAUUAGUAAAGUAAUGCGUUUUGGAAAUGGCGACAUUAGUUCCGGGUGUUCUUUUAAAGCUUUUACAGCAUAUGAACACAGAUGUUAAGGUUGCUGGUGAGCAUCGUUCGUCACUACUUCAAGUUGUUGGCAUUGUUCCUGCGCUUGCAGGUGCCGACUUAUUUACCAACAAAGGAUUUUAUCUCAAGGUAUCAGAUUCUUCACAUGCAACUUAUGUUGCGCUGCCAGAUGAACAUGAUGAUUUGAUUCUAAGUGAUAAGCUUCAAUUGGGUCAGUUUAUUCAUGUUGAACGCCUUGAGGCUGCUUCGCCUGUACCACUACUCCAAGGGGUAAGACCUGUCCCCGGUCGUCAUCCUUGUAUAGGUACUCCUGAAGAUUUAGUUGCAACACAUUCUCUUUGUUUCCUUAAUUCGUCUGGGUCAAACCCUGUAGAGAAAACUAAGACACCAUCUAGAGGCUCGAGUAAUCAUGGGGAUAAGGAAAAAAUCAAGCCGAUUAAAGUGAAUGGGAUUUCUUCACAUGACGAUUCAGAUAAGAAGAAAGAACCCCUUGAUAGGUCUAGGUCUAUGUCGAAACCUACUACGAAUUCGGUAGAGAAGAAGGAUUCAUCAACCAGGCCAAAGUCGUCUAAUUCAAGAAUCCCAUCAUCUCCGUCAAGUUGUUAUUCAGUGCCUGCUUCGUUUGAGAAGUUCUCAAAUGGGGUCAAACAACAUGCAAAGAAAUCAGCAGGUCAGACAUUGAUGGAGAAAGCAGCUUCAGCCCUUAAGGUGACUACAACGGGAAGGAAGUCGUCUUCGGGAAACCCAGUUGGGAAUUUGAUUAAUGGGUAUGAUUUGGGUUCUAAGGCUUUGAGAAGAAGCUGGGAAGGAGGUGCCGAGAUGAAGGGUAGGGAAAAUUCGAGCUCAAAAGGAGCCAAGAAUGAUUUGAAAGCUGAAGUUAGGAGCAUUUCUGUUCCCAAGAAAAAAACGUCAGCAAAUGAUAAACCAUCACAAAAAGAGGAGAAUAAGGUCCAGACACCUAGGAAAGUCGCCACAAAUGGAAAUAUGGAUGAUUCUGAUAAGAUAAGUAAACAACGGGCUUCUGUCGGAAAAAGAGCUUCAGAAGUUGCUAGUAAUGGACUUCCCUCGAAUUUGGUCAAGGUUGUUUCCAGCAGUAGUAGAAGAUUGACUGAUGGAACUGUUUCAUGGUCUUCCUUACCGUCGUCACUUGCAAAGCUUGGCAAGGAAGUUUUAAAGCAGAGAGAUGCUGCAGAAUUUGCUGCUGUUGAGGCCAUGCAAGAAGCUUCUGCUGCAGAGAGCUUGAUUCGGUGCUUGAGCAUAUAUGCCGAGUUAAAUUCAUCUGCUAAGGAGGAUAACCCACAACCUGCGGUGGAGCAGUUCUUGAGUCUUCAUUCAAGUCUUAUCAAAGCUCGUUUAGUUGCAGAUUCGCUAUCAAAAACAGUUCCAGCCGGAUCAUCACCAGAUCCUGAAAAUGAGCUUCCAAAAGAAGUGCUGAAGCUGUCAUCAGAUAGGCGUAGACAGGCAACUUCAUGGGUUCAAGCUGCUUUGGCCACCGACUUAUCAUCCUUUUCAGUGUAUAACAAAAACUCCAACUCCAACUCCAAUACCAAUACCAAUUCCACUCCAGCUUCGUCUCCAGCCCAAAGCAAUCGUACUUCCUCAGGCACUAAGCAAAUACUAGUCCUUGAGAACUCGUUGAAGAACGUGGCGACGAAGGUGCUAACAAAAACUCGUUCAGCUAAUGGUUCUAAGUUGGGCACACCAGGAACACCUCGCCGAUCCGUCGAUGGUCUUUCAAUCCGUCCAAAGCCAGCCGCCCCACCUCCACCUGAAUGGACCCCAGGGAAUGGUCUUGAUGAGGCAGUGGACAUGGCCCAAAUGUUGCAAGUUGAGUCUCAAGAGUGGUUCUUAGGGUUUGUUGAGCGAUUCUUGAAUGCUGAUGUGGAUUCCUCGUCAUUAUCAGAUAAUGGUCAAAUUGCAGGCAUGCUGACUCAGUUGAAGAGUGUAAAUGACUGGUUAGAUGAGAUUGGAUUGGGAAAGGAGGGUUUUGAAGGUCCAAGAAUUUCAGCCGAUACAGCUGAUAGGUUAAGAAAGAAGAUCUACGAGUACCUUCUCACUCAUGUAGAGUCUGCUGCGGUUGCACUCGGUGGUGGAACUCAAACAACACCACCUUCAAACCGAACACCAGAAACAAAAACAAGGAGGUGACAAGGUAACUUGAUGAGUAAGUAUUAUAUUGCUUCAGCAAGGGCCACACUGUGCAAAUGAGGAAAGAAUCACCAAUUGCCACAUGAAAUGUUUGAUGGCUUCAACCCUUGUGUUGGUUCUUUCAUCAGUUGCAUUGCAGUAACUGAUAGUUCCCUGAAUUCAUGCCUGUGGGUGGAUUUGGAUGAUUAUUUUGUUGGCGAUGAACUGUAGUUGUGCCCAAGCACAGAAACGACACUGACACACAGUAAUUCACGUGAACAGUUCAAAACUUACCAGGGAAGAUGGUCAAGUAAAAAGGAACUAGUUCUGCAUUGUGUAUAUACAGUUACCUCUUUCGUUCUUCUUCUUCUUCUUCUUCUUAUUUUGUGGUUUUGGGUAAAUAUGAUUGGUUAUAAUUUUAUUUGAUGGCAAAAGAUUGCUCGAAAGUAUUUGGUUUGCUUAUUAGAUAUAGAAGAGAGUUUUAAUUAUGACAUAUUAACUUGAAUGUAAAGAGAGAUUUGUAUUGUGCUUCUUCUUAACUGCUUUUGAAAGAACC